ACCGGGCGGCAGCUGGAGAUCCUGCUGGAGGCGGCGGUGCAGGGAGAGAAAACCCCAAACUUUACAUGUAGAGUAGAAAGUUCCAGAGUCGGAUCCAGUCGAGACGACCCCGAUCAAUGUAUCAAACUCCAGCAAUUUGCACUAAAACCUUUAGAAAGCUGGUUUUCUUUCUUUAGUCUCCACUCGCCCCCCCUCCCGGCUCUGAAGAAGAAGAAGAAGGAAAAAAAAAGAAAAAUGGAUUCCAGAUACAUUUCGGAGAACUCCUCGGUUGGGACGAGGGUCGGCGGCGGCGGCGGAGGAGGGGCGGACUUCGGGUGCCGGGCAGGCCGUUCCGUGCUGCGCGACGCCCGGGUCCUCCCCCCGGGGAACAGCGGGCCCGCGGUGCCGGUGUUCACCCGCGGGCCGGUGCUCUACAAGUUCGUCAUGGACGUCAGCACGGGGGGGGUGAAAGGUGGAAGAGCCCCCGCGGGAGGGAGUUUAAUGUUCGACCCGGAAAAAACUGGUCUUGGGGAUCAUAAAGACACUGGCUCCACUGGGAUCUUGAAGAGGGCCAGUCCCACUCACUGCCCUGGCAUCAACGGUCUUUUACCAGGUGGCUUCAAACAUCUGGACAUCAGCAACCCGUGGAAACAGGCAGAGCUGGCCAACAGCUUCAGGGCAGCACAAGUGCAAAACGCACCACCGGCAGAAAGACAACCGCUCCCUUCCUCCCACAUCCCUGUCCCCAGAAACAGGAAGCCCUCAGGUCACGCUGAUAAGGAAGUGAUGGCUGCCACCGUCCUGACCUCACUGUCCACAUCCCCUUUGGUGCUCCACCCUUCCUCUGCUUCUACAGUCCCAGAGCCAGCCAGCAGGGCUUGGAAAGAGGUGCUAUCAGCUAGCUACAGCAGUUCGACCAGCGGCAACUGGAGCUGGGAUACCAGCGACCAAUCGGUGCCCUCCACACCGUCCCCUCCUCUCUCCAACGAUAACACCAAGAACUUCCUGCUCUCGUCCCAGGGUGAUGAUGUCAAUGAGGAUAACACAGAGAGCACGCACUUCAUGUUUGAGGACCCCAUACCUCGGAAGCGAAAGAACUCCAUGAAGGUGAUGUUCAAGUGCUUGUGGAAGAACUGUGAAAAGGUCCUCAGCACUUCCUCAGGGAUCCAGCGACACAUCCGCACCGUCCACCUGGGGCGAACCUGCGACUCCGACUUCAGCGACGGAGAGGAGGACUUCUACUACUCAGAGAUCGAGGUCAACAUGGACAGCCUGACCGAGGGCCUGUCCAGCCUCACCCCCACCUCGCCCACCACGGCCGGUCCUCCGCCCGUCUUCCCGCCACCGCUCACUGAUGUCCCUCACUCCGAACACAUCAACAUGUAUGGUUUGCAGAGCCACGUCCCAACACUGCUCAGCCAAUCAGCUCCCUCCACGCUCUGCCACAUCCGCACUGACCACGCCUACCAGGCCACUGCUCCAGUGAAUAUCCCAGUGGGUCCCGAGCUGGCAGGGUUAGACAGUGGUAAUGGGACCCGGCCUGGAACUGGGAUUGGGAAUGGCAUCAGUGUGUCGUGGCAGUCCCCUCCUGUCAUUUUCAAAGGCACCCCGGGGCCUGUGACCCACGUCCGAACUGUCAGCAUCGGUGAAAAGCGGCAGCCGGCAGCCAACACACACACCACUGUUAUUAAGAACCCUGCUUUGGUAACGCCACCAGCUAAGUCGAUACCAGGAACCAGGAAACCCCGUGGGGAGGCAAAGAAGUGCCGAAAGGUGUACGGCAUGGAGAAGAGAGACAUGUGGUGCACAGCCUGUCGCUGGAAAAAAGCCUGUCAGAGAUUCACCGACUAAUCCAGUCCCCUUCCCAACCUCUGUGAGAUGAGCUCUUCCUCACUGGGAGCGAUGGCGAGGUGGACUCUUCCACUGAGGAGACGAGGGGAGAUCUCUUCACGACGGAGCUCUCGGCGCUGCUUCCUCCAGCCCAGCCGGGGCUUCGCCUUCUCUUUCUCUUUCCGUUUCCAAACACAAAGAGAAAAUAAAACCGGUGGGUUAAUAAAAAAAAAGAAAAAAACGGCAAGAAAAAAGAACUUUAUGUAGGUUUGGAGACUUUUUCUAAGACUGAGAUAUUUUCACUCUGAUGAUGAAUAAUAAGAAAAAAAAACGACUUUUUAAUUGGAUUUUGAAAUGUCUGAUUUGAUUUUUGUUUAUCACAUUUUUUCUCAACUCAAGGCAAUGUGUAAAGACUUCAGAUACGCUUUUUGGUAUACUCUGUUGUUCGUUACAGGAGCAUCAUGUAAGCUACUGUUUGUCGGCUGGAUCGUGACUCUUUUCGGAGGUUUAAGGGUUAACCAGAUUUGCUUGGUAAGACCUCUGUAGCAUUUUGUUUCUCAUUAUCACUGUUUAAGGGACUUCAAACCUACCAAAGGCAAGACGCCGGUUCACUUACAACCCACAGCGUAGGUGUGAGCUCGAUACCAAAUCUAACAUCACUGUCUCCUGCAGUCGUACUGUGUAUCGACUGCAUGUUAUUUCAAUAUCUUACCCACCAAUUAAAUUCAGUACAGCCAGCGACACGUCUAUGAAUUUAGCAAAAAAAGUGCACAAAAAACUCACACCAAGUGGUACAGAGUUUCCCCUUGACUUUCCAAAAAAUAUUUUCUAGAGAUGUACACAAUCCAUGAAAUAUAUGUCCCUCUCUCCUUUACUAUAAUUUUGCCCUAGAGAUAUGCUCCUUGAAGAAAUGAGUCAUCUUUUGGAGUAUCACUGUAACCGCAGCAGAGAGAGCGGAUAUCUAUUUCGUAUUAUAGAGUUUAUUUUCGGCGAUGAGUUCUUGAAGCAACGAGCAGUUGCACUGUGCAAUCAGCAGGAUUACAGCAUUUAAUAUUGUAUUUCUUUCUUUGUGGUUGUCAUUUGCUGACAAUUGAUGUUCUCAAAGAGAUUGUUUACCACGGUGAAUGAUACAUGAAUGAUAACUGCCCUUUGAAACUAACUUAUAGUCUGACUGGUGUAAAUUGUAUAUGUAGGUAAAUAACAUAGAGAUUGUAAACCAACAAUCACUACCUGAUAAUAAGUCAGGCCCUCUAAAUCAUUUGUUACAGUUUUCAACGGAGAGGUUACGCAAUCGGUAGUAGUUUGAAAAAUGCUAAUUAACCAGCAUUGAGACAUUUGUAGAUUCCCCAAGUUAACUUCAUAGGAAUCAAGACUUUCCCUGUAGUAGAUGUUUAAUCUUUUUUAAAUGGUCUUUUACUCUGGUCUCAGACAUUUGAAAGAAAAAAAGUAAGAAUCUGUGAACGACUGUAGACUGAUUCAAUUGGAAGUAAGUGUAGCAAAAGUUUUAAAAUGUUGUACCAAAGUGGAGUCUUACUUUUUUAGAAUAGGUCUCAAAUAUUAAAUAGUAGCGGCCCACGUUUUCCAACUUUAGAUAAAAUACAGGCAGAUUUGUAGUUUGUUAAAAAUGUAAAUUUUUUUAAUAUAUCCCUUUCCAUUGGCCAUUCUUAGAAAAUGUCAUCCUUUAAAUUUAAUCCCCAAUUUGUUUGUUGCUUUAAAUCUGUAUCAGCUGGAUAUAUAUAUAAGAUAUAAAACAUUAAAACAAAGAAAAAAUGCAAAGACAGCAGUCAUCUUACAAUUUGAGAUAUUUGUAAAAGACGUUCAGAGUUUUUUCUGCAAAAGUCAAAUACUGUGACAUGAGUCAACUACUCGUUACCAAACUCAAAAUGUGCACCUGCAGGCUGAAACGCAUUUGUAAUUGACCUGAUGACAUUUAUAGACAUGAUAAUAAUGAUAAUGAUGAAAGUAGAAGGCAGAGCCCCACAUCAGUAGCCAAAUUUAAAGGUUCAGUGUGUAGAAUCUAGUGACAUCUAGUGGUGAAAGUUGCAUGUUGCAGCUGAACACCCGUCAGCUCACCAUCCCGUUCCAAGCAUGAGAGAGAACCAGUGGCAGCCUUUGGUUUUCACAGAAAACUCAAAAAGAUGUUUAGUUUGUCCAGUUUGGACUAAUGUAAAAAACAUGGCAGCCUCCGUAGAGAGGACCCGCUCUGAUGUAAAUAUAGAGUAUUUAAAUAUAAAGGGCUCAAGGAAUAUUUUAUAUUAAAUUUCUGCCAAUAGACCCCUUUCACCUUAAUCUUACACACUGAACUUUUAGAGUAAAUCCCUGAACUUUCUCAUGUUUCCCCUCAUUAGUUGUGGACGAUCUUCCGAGUCGCACUUUAGAUUUAAAUAAGUUUGUUUCUUAUAGCCCAUACACUAAAGCCAAUUUAUAUAUUUAUGUAGCCCCUAAAUCUCAAAUUUGCCUCAAACUAUUGAACCUUCAUCAGGCGUGUUACUGAUCUGGAGGCAGAGUCCUGACAGUAGAUGUAUAUUUUUGAGGAGAUUCGCUCUCUCGCUGUGUGUCAGCAGCGUUUUGAAUGUAGAAUCCGUGUCCCCUCCUCUCUGAGUGCUCCUGACACUGACCUUACCUAGUCACCAUGGCAACGUCUGACACACACACACAUGCAGAGAAACAAAGAGUGCCUGUCCUUCCCUGUUUAAAGCAGGACAACUUUGAGCGUACUUAGAAUCAGUGCGGCCUCACACAUCUGUCGCCAUAGAAACACCUGCACUGUCCUCUGCCGCCACAGGGUCACUGGUGCUGUCGGCUGAUGCCACCUGGUCGUAGCUGACCAGUUAGGAUUUCUCUGGAAAGGCGAGAAGCAGAUGGCUGAUUGUUCACUUCCAGCUCGAGGUCAAUAAGCAGAAAAGAAAAAACACGAAGCACACAUUCGAUCGCUCUGGCUGUAACAGUACUUAAUUAAUAUGUCCUUCAGUUCCUGUUGUGAAUCCACCGUGAUGUUUUUAAAAAUUACCAAUCCUGCCUGUAAAGUGUUUAUUCCAGGGGUGUCCCAGAUAAGCUAGGCCCCCCCUCCCCCCUCUCUCUCUCUCUCUCUCGGGAGGCCUCUUCCGGUCAGAAACUUCACAAAGUGCCAAUGAAAAGAACAUUAAAAAGGAAAAAAUGUAUACUGACCUAAUGAAAUUGCACUAUGUUGCUCUGCGCAAAGACAUGUUUUUAUACAUGGACAUUUUAUAUACUUACAUUUUUGAAGUUUAUUUUCGAGGGGGGUUGGGAGGGGGGUGUCGUCACUGCCCGAUGGAGUGAAAUGGGGUAUCAGGGAACGGGGGUCUCUGUACCUUCGGGUGGCCCCCCCAUUAUCAGCUCGACAGAUGAUGUCUUGCUCUCUGUGUCGGAUUUUAUCGCACUAAACAUCGUGGUGCUGGCAGCCGUGGAGGUGCGGUACUGGGAAGUACAGUGUGGUACUUGGGUCACUUUGCCUUUCCUUGGAGGAGUGCCAAGGGCCGAGAGCAGCACCUGCCUUGUCUCAGUGAUGGGAAAACACCGGUCUCAUUCGGUAGCUACACAUUAUCGUCCUGGUAACAGAUGCUUAACAGCGUUUUAUCGCCUGGAGUUUCUUUCAUAUAACACACACACACACUUUCUAUCCAUAAAGCUCCUCUUUGUGCUUCCUUUACUUAAACAAAAAAAAACAAAAGACAAAAAAACAGGUUCAAGCUUCUUUACAUUUUACUGAGCUGAGGUAGUUACUAUUAUUAGUGCUGGAUAUCACUUUUAAUUCUGUUAUCUCCAGUUUGGUCAAAUAUCAAGUGUCAAACGCAGCCCAUCAGCUCCCUCUCCAUCCUCAGUGUAAGCACUUUUAGAUUCCACCAGCAGGGUCAGAGGUCGGUGCUGAUGCCAGCACUGAACAGGCCUGUGAGCACGUGAUCCGCUGACAGGCUCCUGCGCUGGUUGGCUCCGCUCCACCGCUUUUUUUUAGAUGCACUAAACUGGCCAGUUGCGAUUGAGGCCCAGGCUGCAUCGUUAAGAGCUCGGCUGGGCUGGGACGGGUGGGGGAGGGCGGGUCAUCGUGGCCAGAGAGAACUCUGGGUACAAGGGACAACAGAUCCGUUAUUGGUGGAUUUCUGCAAAACAGAUCAACAAUUAAACAGUUUCCCGUAGAAAGCGAGAGGUGGAGAUUAAAGCUGAGGUCACGGGCGUGCAGGGGAACUGGAGAUUGACGGGGGGGGGAAUCAGACGCGAGACGAUAUUGAUGGAUUUUGCUGUUUCAGGGCUAUCUUGUACAUAUGCAACAAAAGAGAACCGUGAGGCUUUUUUUUCAUAUAUUGUUGUUUUCUUUUUCUUGUUGUAUCUUGUUAUAUGAAAAGGAAACUUUUUUUUUCUUUUUUUUUACAGUGCAGUUGCUCAGAAUAUUUUUCUUUCAUUUUUUUUUUUUUAAAGAGUCGAUUGAGAAGCUAUAGUGAACAUAACACGUAAUGAUUCAAUGUAUAUUGUAGCUUAGAGGCAAAGGGGAGAAAAACAAAAAACCUGUUGAAUGUAAAAACCCACAAAAAGAAAAGUCUUUUUUUGUCGUUCUAUUUGUUGGCUUGUUGUGUACUGCCUGUAGAGAACCAGUAGCGCGUCCAGAUUUUUUAGCCUCCGAACCUUUAACACCCACAGACAGCUGUCGCCACACUGCUAGAUCAUAACACAACCAUGCAGUAUUGCUUUACUAUCUUACUUUGUGCAAUCGUGUGCUUUAUAAUGGAACAAGAACUAACUUGAGCUUUUUUCUCUGGUGACAUCCGGGCGACUCGCUCACACUGUUGCUGUUUCGUCUUUUUUUGUUGAUGUUAUUGUUGAUGUUGUUGUCUUUUCUCCCUGCCAUUUAGAAUUUGUUUUGGAAUGUGUGGUUAUCGUGGAUGUUGUUUGUGGUUGUGACGUUAAGGUGUUGAUAGGCAGGAUAACCUUCGCCCUUAUUUUGGGGGGGGUCAUGAUAAAAACGUUUUUUUAACCUGGCGGGAACCUGUAUCCUGCCCUGCACAUUCCAACAGACGGCACGCUUUUAGUGUUUUCCACUUGUUUCCUACUCGACAUAUCCUUCCCAUUUCCUUACUCACUACAGUGAUUCUUCUUUAAUCACCUUGUCCUUUUCCAUUUCCUGUUCGUGUGCUCUCCAGCUUUACUGUGGUCCCACCUAAGCCUUUACCCAGUAUAUUAAGCUAAACUAAACCCUUGAAAUGUGCAUAAAAAAAAAAGCCUUCGUAUUUUCCAAAUAUGUCACAAAAGUUUGUGUGCUGCUUUCUUGUCAGUUUUCAUUUGUGUGUAAACCAGCAGCAGCAAAGCCAAUAGAUCUCCUUCCAAAUCAAAUGUAAUGCAUUGCAAUGGCAGCUCCACUCAUUUUUCCGGCUUCUUCUACUGUGCUCGUAUCGUUUGUCCACAGGCUUUUACACUCUGUCUGUCACAUCACGUUUUCCCUGUCGUGUUUUUACUGAGCCUUAAACUGGCUGGGGUGAAAACUGACUUUAUUUUUUUUAAUUUUUGUUUUGCUUUGUUCCUGUUUUUCUUAUUGAUUGAUUGAUGAUUGAUUGAUUGUCUGAGUUGAGUUUGAGGUUGUUUUGCAUGUCUAGCAUCGCUCAUUUCUUUCCUGUUUUGUUUUUGUGUUAGGAGAAAGAACACUGAAGGGUUUUUAUGUGUUAGAUGUCCCCCCCCCCCUUCAGGAACUGAUGACCCAGGGCUGAUGUAGCUCGUUUCCCUCUCAAUGCAAACACACUCGCCGCUGACCACAUGUGCAGGGCGGCGCAUUUUGAAGGGAAACGUGAGAUUAGCCUCGGGUCGUCACUGGAGGGGCGAGAUUCCUCCUGCGUGUGGGCUCCGCCUCUGGUCUUCAACAGCACCCCCCCCCCCCCCCUCCCACGCACGGAGGAAGCACUUUCUGAGGAGUGGUGCACUCAAAGAGUAUUUGUGUGAAUGUCAAGCCCGUGACUAGUGCUUGAAAAGAUGGAUGACCAUGUAUGAUGCUGAUAAUGUGAUCAAUGUGAUAUAAUGUGACAGAAAGAAAAUAAAUCUGAAUGGAAGAAAAGAA